AUGUCUACCCCCUCCAGUACCUCACAUCUCCCAGAAUCCCGGCCAGGAACAAUCUCUUCUUCUGUUCUCUUCACUCCCUACCCACCACGUGGUGCUAAGGGUGGAGGGAGUAUAGUCACGGGUCUCAGCGAUAGAGCUAUGGCAGCAUCGGGAGCAGCAGCUGUCAGCAGUCACUCUUCUGUGGCCUCCACAGCACUAGUCCCACCUCCUCAUCUUCCAUGGGAGACGGCUCGUAUGUCUGUCUCUCACUUGGAAGAGAAAUCUGACUCCAGUAGCUGUGAUUCACCUCUGAGAGUGGACUUGGAUGACUCAAACCCUACCCUGUCAGAACAGGGCAGCAGACCCACCACGCCAAAAGUUCCACCGCUUAAAAUUAUCAUACCUCCGAAAGCCGGUGGCCCUUCUGCAAAUAUUUCAAAGCCUCAGACAAAGCCUGCUCUGCCGUACAUCCUGAAUCCCACAACGGAAAACGAGAGCUGGGAUGCGACCGAAGAAGGAGGUCAAAGAACUCUACCCAGUAGCUCCCUCUCUGGAGUGCAAGAAAUGGUGGAUUACUCAAAUUCACGACCAGUUUCCAGGGCUGGAUCUGGGGUCGGGGUGUCAUCAUCAGAAAUGGCCUCCAAACCGCCUGAUGCCGUGGGCACAUUGGCUCGAAAUCUGGACACCGAUGAAACUGCAUCUCGUGAAAGUGACAUGCGAGCAGAUCACACAGAUGGUUCUGGGGAAAAAUCAGAUGAGGGCAGGGAAAAACGACCCACCAGAACUUUACGGUCUCACACCGCGAUGCUGCAACAGCAGCAACAGAAGGAUAAAGUUACCGAUAAGGAUAAAAAUGGUGGUCCAGAUGUCAAGGAGGAGUGUGAUAACUCCAGCACCACCAGGUCUCAAAAAGGCGACGAUUGCACAGCGGAUGAUUCUAGUUUUCCUCCAAGGAAGAGGAAGUUGAGAAACAAGACGGAACCACACACCACACAGGCAUCCACAACAACCACACCGUCAGCCAAGAUCAGCCAGCCUCUGGAGAAGCCGCCAAACCCUUAUGAGACUUACCUGAAUUUGAGGAGACAGAUUGCGUCUAGACAUCGUUCCUUGUGCAAUGUGGCGCCCAAGGCUCCAACUGGAUUUAAGGACUUUUUAAUGGUCAACUGUACUUAUGUUCUGCAAGGCAACGCCACAAGCACUUUGUCUGUACCGAUGCUGCCACCUCCAAACCUGGUCACUGAGCCUAUGAGAGAGUUUUUUAUUCAGCAAGAGAAAGAAAGAUAUCGCCUGAGACUACAGCAUGUCAUUGAACGAGAAAAGUUAAUGUUGUCCAUCGAGCAAGAGAUCUUGAGGGAGCACGCCCGCGCUGCCAGAGCCAUGGCCAACCAGACGCUGCCGUUCAGUGUGUGUACAAUACUCAGAGAGGAGGAGAUUUACAACCAGCAGGAGUUGGAACAGGUGGAAGAUCGGGAUAAAAAUGUGCGGUCUCGGUAUAAUGGCCGGCAGUUCCUCUCCUGGCUGCAAGAUGUCGAUGACAAAUAUGAAAAAAUCAAGCAACUGCUCCUAUUGCGCCAUCACCAUGAAGCAGAAUCACUGUACGCCGUCCAGAAGCUGGACUGGGAGUGGAAGAUGAAGGAAUGUGGGCUGUGCGACCACAAGAACACCCCUGUCAUUGAUGAUCUUCACGUUCCCAUGGUCACAGUCAGUGACGAGUUUGAGCUUCUGCCAAGUUCCUAG